AUGCUUAAUCUACAGAGAAAAGUAAUGGUUAUGAGUAUAAUGAUGAGAAGCACAAACCAGAGAUCCAAUACCUUGCAAAGCUUAAUGGGGAUGUUCCUGCAGUCCACACACUCCCCACAGAAAGUAAUCGAAAUGCUCAAACAAAUGAGAGUCUCUGUAUCUGUUAAUGCAAUAUUUGCAGCCACACGCUCAUUAUCAGCACAAACUCACCACACACUCCGCUUGCUUGGACAAUCACUCCUUGUUGCCUAUGCAUAUGACAACUUUGACAUUGACCUGAAAUCUCAUGAGCACAAAAUUGAAAACUCAAACAAAUCACUGAAACAUCUUACAUCCAGGUUAAUGUUCCCUCUGCAGCACUGCACCUCACAAGAAGAUCUCAAAUGUUCCAAGGAGCUAUGGCUAAAGUCAUCUCUCAACCUUCAAGCAGAAGUGUUGCUGAAAUGGGGGUGGAAGGACUUGCUCAGCCUUCAACCAGACACACCAAAUUCAUCAGGACUUACCUGUCAUGACCACUUCAAUUCGUGGAAGUUUCUCUUUGACCUCAUAACAUAUGGACCUCCAUACUUCAUGCAGUUUAAAGACCGGCUGCAUGAACUGGAGCUUGUUGAAGGCAUCCCCGUCAUUAAAACACCCACUAUAGCUGCAUUAGCAAUGGAUGUUAGCAAUUCCACUGUUGCUGGCAAUAUACAGAGUGUUAUCAACUUACUUGAGCAAGGCAGAAUCACAGAACCUGACACCUUUGAUGAUCCUGAGAUCCCUGACAUCUCAGAGUAUGUCGUUCUGUUCCAUGGUGACCUGGGCACAGGUGAAUGGCUCCAAGUGGUACAGCAGCACCUUGCAAUCAAAAACACACCUUGGGAUUGA